AUGACUCCUAAAAUUAUUUUAUCUGGAUUCAGUUUGUGUGGAAUUUAUCCAUCAAAUUCUCACGCUAUUCCAAGUGAUGCAUAUUUGUCAAAGGGACUACAAUUAGUUGAAGAUAUUUUAGCUAAUGCAACCGUUAAGGACAAUUCAAUAUCUAUUGGCACUGACUAUUUUUCAGAAAUCGAUAUCAAAUCAAAAGAUGAAAGUAGCAUUACAUUUGAUACAGACUUUAAUACUUUUCUAUAUUCUAGAAUGUUUGCUAAUCUUUUAGAACAAUUAAUAUUCGGCAUUGAAGGAGAUAGAGCAAAUGAAUUAGAGUAUUUGAGACAUCUUGAGAUGGAGUUAGAAAAAAGCAAAGCACUUGAGAAAAAAAUAUUAAAAAUGGAAAAUGACUGUCUGCAGAAAGGUGAAGAUUCUGUUGAAAAUGAAUUUAUUAAUAUUAUAUAUGAAUGUUUUUUGUACCAACACGUAUCAAUCCCAACCUUUCAAAAUGCACAAUAUGUUACAAAAAAUACCUUGGAUCUUAUUUUUACAAAAAACAAUGAACGAGUCUAUCAACUUGAGUCUAACCCAGUUCUAGGAAAUAUAAAUCAUGGACAUUUGGUUUUAACUUGUAAAUUUAACCUUGAUACUAUUGCAAUGGAAAAUUAUCCAAAGUACAAAUUUGAUUACAGUAAAUGUGACUAUCCACAAAUAAGCCUAAGUAUUGAUAAAAUUGACUGGAAUCAUUUAUUUGAUGGGUUAUCAGUUCAAUUUAUGUAUGAUCUGUUUAUUGAAAAAAUUAGUCAACCAUGUAAUGCUUUUAUUCCAAUAAUUGACGUAAAUUCAAGAAAGAAAAUAAAAAAUAAUCCGUGGUUUACUGAUGAAGUAAGUCUUCUAGUACGUUCAAAACAAAAUUUGCGUAAUGAAAAUUUAUCAUCGAACUGGAAAGAUUUGAAUAAAGUAAUGACAUAUAAAAAUAUUUGCAAAACUGUGAAAAUAGAAUCGUUUAAAGCAAGAUGUAACUAUGAAAAUGAUCUUGUUGAAAAAUCAAAGAUAAAUCCGAAACUGCUAUAUAAAUAUGUGAAUAGUCAAAAAACGAUUAAACAAAUAAUUAAAGCAUUAAGAGAUCAAACUGGUUGCGUGACAAAUGAUCAAAAUGAAAUUGUUGAAAUUUUAAAUAAACAAAAAUUUCAAAUAAACAUAUUGAAACAUGUUGAUAUUAAUAAAACAUAUGGAGUUGAUUCUAUACAUCCGUUGAUUUUGAAAAAUUGUGCGGUUUCCGUAGCAUUGCCAUUAACUUUAAUUUUUAUAGAAUCUUUUGUUAAAAGUGAACUACCAACUCAAUGGAGAGCAGCAAAUAUUACACCACUAUUCAAAAAGGAAGAUAAAUUAGAAGCUGCAAAUUAUAGACCAGUGUCAUUGACGUCAAUUACUUGUAAAAUUAUGGAAGGGAAGUCUUGUACAACAAACUUAUUAGAGGCGUUGGAUUAUAUUUCAUCUAACUUAUCGAUUGGUAUUUCGGUAGAUGAAGCACUUUUAGAUUUUGUUAAAGCUUUUGAUUCUGUUGCUCACAAAAGACUAUUGAUUAGACUAUCUUCAUAUGGAAUUAGUGAUGAUACAAAAAUUCUUUCAAAAGUGAUAAAUGUGGAAAAUAGCUUGCAAAAAGAUCUGGAUAGUGCAGAGGAAUGGUCUAAAAAGUGGCUCUUGGGUUUUAAUUCUAGUAAAUGUGUUAUAAUGCAUUAUGAUUCUGAAUGCGAGAGAGAUUUAGGUGUAUAUUUUUCAACAAACUUGAAAUGGAAAAAACAAAUUAUAUCAAGUACUUCUAAAGCAAAUUCAAUGAUGGGUAUGUUAAAGAUGACAUUUUCACGAAUUGAUGCAAAAUUGGUUAAAUCAUUGUAUAAGGUAUUUAUUAGACCUCUUAUUGAGUUUGCAGUACCUGUUUGGUCACCUUAUUUUAAAGGAGACAUAUCACUUUUGGAAAAAGUUCAACACAGGAUGACUAGAUUAGUUCCAUCAUUAAGGAAAAUUAAUUAUGAAAAGAGAUUGGAAAUAUUAGAUAUAUCUACAUUAAAAACAAGGAGGGAACGGGGGGAUUUAAUACAAGUGUUUAAAUUACUUAACAGAUUUGAGGAAAUUGAUUUAAUUAAUGAACCGAAGCUUAAAAUUGAUUCAAUUACUCGAGGUCACAAUCUUAAAUAUGAAAGAGAAAUUGUGAACUAUUUACUUCGGCAUCAUUUUUUAUUAAAUCGUACGGCCAAUUUAUGGAACGCUUUACCGGAAAUUGUUGUUACAUCAAAAACUGUCAAUCAAUUUAAGAAUAAUUUAGAUGAGUAUAACGCCAAAACAAAGAAGUUUUAA